CUCGUUAACGGCAAGAAUAGAAAAUUAUUUAUCAUGAUAAAAUUAAAGAACAUAGGAAAACUUAUACGCUGAUAUAUAUUGUUUCAUUAACUUUCACUUUUGGUGUCAAGACAAUGGAGCUUCCAUGCUUUAUGAAGCCUCAUCUACCACUUGUGGGUAUAUAGUACGGAGCUCAUAUUUUUGAUGUAUUGAAAUAAAAAAUUGACUUAAAAUAAAAUAAUUGAGUUUUUCAUCAAACAAUUGUACAGUAAUAAAAGACUUGAAAAUUCGUUGAAAAAAAUGGUUGAAGAGAUUAAAAAAAAUCUUCAAGAAGAAAUUGAAAAUUUCAAGCAAGUUCAAAAAGAUUAUCAUAAAACAUUAUCAAGAAGGCAACAGCUAGAUAGCCAAAUGAAUGAAAAUAUCACUGUUAAAGAAGAACUUAAUCUUUUAAAAGUUGAGAACAAAGUAUUCAAACUCAUUGGACCAGUUUUAGUUAGACAAGAUUUAGAUGAGGCUAAAGAAAAUGUUAAUAAACGAAUGGAAUUUAUAAAAAUUGAAAUAAAGUAGAAGAUUCUAUAAUAAAGUUGGAUGAAAAACAACAUGUCCAUAAAGAAAACCUUGAUACGCUUCAAAAAUCUUUCCAGCAAUCUAGAUAAUAAUUGGACACAGAUUUUGAAUGAUUGUAAUAAAGCAAUUUAAUUAUUAUAUACCUUCAAAAUUAUGCAUUCAUAACAACUAUAAGAGUACUAACCAAUAAACUCUUAUAGUAUCCAAUAAAUGUCCAACACUAAUAUUAAUUGAGUUUUGAAUAUAUAAGAAAUUGAACUUAUCAUAAGUUUAUUUUGCAUGAAUUUUAGAAGCAAAAAAUUCAAAUUAUAAUAACUGUAUUAAUAGGAAUGGGUUAUUUUCUGAAAUAACGGUCAAUGUUAACUAUUGUUGUGUAUUCUAAUUAAUAGUUAUUUAGUAAUUCUAACAAUUGAACCGGUUUAUUUCUUCAAAAACUUUAUUAAAACUCUACGUAGAUAGUUAUCGAUGAUCUAUAAGUGAUCGAGUUUGAUAAUUUUUUUAUUAAUGAAAAUGAAAUUGCGCGAAGUUAUAAAUAACUUUUGCUAUCUCUGUUAACCAUGCGCAGUUUUUUUAUAAUUUUUUUCAGUUGAUUUUCGUUAACUUCCUGCUGAGUUCCUUUAGCCCUGAGAAUCCGAUCAUUCUCUGGCAAAGGCAAACUUAUAAAAGUAUAGUCGUAGCAUUCCUAUAUUUUCUUUGUACCCGUGACCGUCGUUUAAUUUGGUUCCACGCUUCCACGUUACCCUUCGUCUUUACAUUUUCAAACCGAGGCUUCGCUACGCACUGGAUACUUUGCUUUAAUAAGUUGUGAACAAUUUUUUAAAUUAUCAAAGUGCAGUAAAAAAUAAGAAGAUUAUUUAUUAAAUUAUUGAAAAAUGGAAAAGCUGUAAUUGGUUUAGUAAAUAUAACCUUU